AAACACGAAUUAGUUUUUGUCAACUUUCACGCCGAGUGGUGUCAAUUCAGUGAGAUAUUGACUCCUAUUUAUAAAGAAGCUGCCAACAAAGUUACACAAGAUUUUGAAGGAACAAAUCGAGUGGUAUUCGGACGGGUUAACUGUGACGAGAACCCAACUCUUUCGGCGCGCUAUAAAAUAUCCAAAUAUCCGACUCUUAAGUUCUUUCUCAAUGGAAAGCCUAUGAAAAAGGAAUACAGAGGACAGAGAACUGAAGAGGCCAUUGUCAGUCAUGUCAGAAAGUUAUUAACUGAUCCCGUUAUUCGUAUUGAUUAUAAAGAUGACACAAAUUUGUCUGCCAUUAUGUACAACAAAUCGGCAGUAAUCGGGUAUUUCAAGGACUCACCGGAGAUGAUAUACACAAAGUAUACUAUCUUCCGGAGAGUGGCCGCAGAUUUGAGAAGCUUUUGUGAAUUCUAUUGGAUUACAAACUCUCCGUUUGUUCCGCAAUUCAAAGAAGAAUUACUUGCAUUUAAAUCAUCCAAAAGUACCAAACAAUCCGAAUAUGACUUUAUAUACCAGACGUACGAUGAGUUGAACACCUGGAGCACAAUCCUCUGUAUUCCUAUAGUCAGGGAAAUUACUUUCGAAAACGCAGAGGAGAUCAUUGAAGAAGAUCUGCCAUUAGUUAUACUCUUUCAUCUGCCGGAAGACGAGGAAAGUGAAAAACUGUUUAAAGAAGUCAUUCACAGAGAGUUAAUCCCAGAGACAGUAAAUGUAAACUUUGUGACCGCAGACGCAAAACAAUUUGAACACCCGUUGCAUCACAUGAACCGAACCAAAGAGGACUUACCAAUCAUUGCAAUCGAUAGUUUCAAACACAUGUAUCUGUUUCCCGACUUUAAAAAUAUAAAG